CUUCAAAGCCACAAAAGCCACGAUGAUGAAGAGUUAUUCUCAAAAAGGCAUCGGAAACAUUAAAGGGAAUUUUUCCUCAGGCGACCUUUAUAUAGAAGCGCACCUUUCUUGUCAGGGGCGCACUAGCUGCAAAUAGUUUAUAUAGUAUAUUUGCGAAAUGAUUACGUUGACCGUUGCGCAGAUCUUCAGAAUCGAAAAGACGCAGCUGCUACAGACCUAAGACUUUGAGCAAGCAAUCUCCAGACUGGGGUAGCAGACCGCUCUUUCGGAAUAGUCUAGGCGCACUUUGGAAUGCCGAGAUGGCAAUCGCGAGGAACAGUCUACAGAAACACUCAAAACUGUUUGUUCUACUUAAUUUUAUGACACUGACAACCAAUGCCAUCGAGACAGUUAACCUCGUGGACUUCUGCGGCCAAACCAUCCGAGAGGACGGCAUGAUCGUCAACUCCCACCGGGAUUCCCGGAAGUACUACUUCGUCACCAUGGGGACGGACUGCCACCUCACCAUGCAGGCCGCCUCCCCCAAGGACAAGGUGCAGUUCCACUUUCGCUUCUUCCUGGUCUACAGCCUGCUGAGGGUGUCGCCCCUGAGCCCGCCCCUGCUGAGCCCCACGCCGCUGUUUCCGGAAGCGUGGCGGAACCUCUCCCUGCACCACCCCACCAACGGCGGGGUGCGGCCCGAGCCCACGCCCCAGGGGAGCUGGCACGAGGCCGGGGACCCCUGCCACGCCGGGUCCUUCAUCCAGUUCUACGACGGGAAGGACAAGGCGGCACCUCCGCUGGGGCCGCCGCUGUGCGGGAAGACCAUCCCCAGGCCCGUCCUGUCCACGGGGAACUAUCUCACCCUGCGGCUGAUGACCCGGGGCACGCAGCCCAGGGUGGAUUUUAUGGGCCAUUUCACGUCUUUCAGGCUGGCUCUAGGGCUCAACCAAUCAGAAUGCCGCAGUGAACCGUAUUUUACUUGCGAAAACGGGAAGUGCAUUCCUAUGAGUCUGGUGUGCGAUGACAAAGGAAUUGAUAACUGUGGCGACGGCAGUGACCAGGCAGACCGUCCACCUGCAGAUUGCAAAGGCCAGUACUCCACAGCAAGGACCAGGCAUCCAAGGGUGACGCCCCCUUCAUCCAUCUUGAACCCGCCCACUUUAUCUCGGUCUACCAAUAGCUGUGGGACUCCAGAUAAACCAGACUCUGCGUCAGACUCCCGGGACCCCGUGUCCCUGCUGGGGCUGUACGUCCUGCUGGGCGUGCUGGCGGGGAUGCUGGUGCUGUGCUGGUGCUGCUGGUCGCCAGGCUGGUUCCUGUGGAGGGUCAGCGUGUGCCGCUUCCUGCCCUGCUGCAAUUCGGCGUGCGCCUCCUGCCAGCUGUGCACCCGCAGCUGCUCCCGUCCCGAGGAGCAGCUUCGCCCCGGCAAGGUCACGCCCCAGGGCACCGCCACCGUCAUGGCUGUGUAGCCCCGCCCACCCCUGGAACGCGAGGAGGAGUCAUCCCCCACCCCAAAUCCAGGCAGGUGUCACCCGUGGGCUAAUGUGCAAACCCGGGUAGGGCUCCCUCCGUGGACUUUUUUGAGUUGGGCUGCGUGUUCUUCGACCGAACACGAGACUCAAAUCUUUUUUUCCUUUUUUUUUUAUUGCCCUUUUGUGAACCUGAGGAACGUUGUUAUAAAACAGUUACAGCAGACUGGACGCCGCUCAAUAGGACGUUGAGCAUAAGCGAGGAGUUGGAAAUUAAACAAGUGCUGCUUGUUGACACUGAGAUCAGACUCAGAGUCACAAACUGUUAGAUUCAGAUUCACUGAAGGUUUGCAGCGGAUACAGGGUGCUCCGAUAUCAGAGAUAGCUACAGACAACAUUAUCCACUUUCUCCAACCAUGCAAACAUCCAGCUGAAGGUUCCAUUCCUGAGAUAACUACAGCCUGAUAGGUCAGGAUCACCCAUGUUUAACCCCUUUACUGUGUUGUGUGAUCACCCAGCAGAGGUGGAAGAUCCAGGUUCAGAAAGUUAAAAGUUCUCCCCAGUAUUUUGUUCCAAUCACCUGAAUUUCCUAAGCAGCACAAUUCUUCAACCAGGAGGUAGAACUAAUUAGUGAAAUCAGCUGGCUGAGUUCAUGGGUGGAAGAAACACGUGGCGGGACUUCUACUUUCUGACCCCUCAGUCACAUAUACCCUGCACCAGUGUGUGAGCAAUACCACAAUUAUGCACACAAUGCACACAAACAUGCCUGACACUUGACUUUUGUGUUGAAGGAGGGUGAGCAGUAAGUCUGGACACCAUUUGCCAAGAGAAUUCCCACUGUGAUAGGCUCACAUACCAAGCAUUAACAAUACAAUUUACUACAAUGAGCUCAAUCAAAACAAGUUAAAUGCAGUUAUCUCUAAAAUCUUCUUCCAAUUCCUCUCACUACCAAUGAGCUCUGAAGGACCCCCUAAAAUAUCACCUUUCAUGUAAUAUAAUGACUGAUAUUACAAUAUUACAGUGGUAAUUUAGUCGUGUUUUAUAUUCCUAAUAGUUGCUACCUUUUUAUUGUUAUCCAUAGUGUAUGACUGUAGUUUCAUAAGUAUAGACUGAAUACGAGCAGCAUCCAAAGCCUUUUGCUGGAAAAUAAAAAAAAACUUGCUGUUUUGAUAAAUGAUAGCACAGUCCUUGUAUUUAUAACUAGGAAUGGGAUGUACUGAAAAUGCAUCUGGUAUGUCUGUUAAGUUGCCUUUAGAUUUAUAUUUGAGGCAUAAAAGCAAAGAGAUUAUGGCUUUUGUGUUCUGGGGAUCCAUUCAGCCAGUCUAUUCUGCAGCUGAAAAAAAAAAAAAAAUUUUUCCAUGUAAAUGAUAUAUUUGCUGGAUAUACAAAUAUCAAUCAUUUUGUCGUUAAUGUUUAAUAUAUGAAAAGAAAAAAAGGAAUUUUUAAACUACCUAAAUUUGCCUGCUUUGAAGAGUGUUUAAAGCAGGGGGGUAUUACUCUAUAAAUGAUGUUAUUCUCUUAGUUUAGAUUAGUUGUUAGUCUCAAGUCAUGUUAUUUGUUCUCAUUCUGUUCAUGUUGCUCCACCUACUUGAUACCAAGGACAAAUCAGUAUGUUGGGCAUGUACCAACCACCAGGUUAAUAUUAAUGAGUAAGGAAUGUUUAUGAGUCACACCUGAACUCUGAUUGGUUAGAUGGAAGGUAAAAAUGAUUUCACAUGCAUUUAAUUUAAUUUUUUAAUGAGACAUAAAAACCUACACAAAUGGGUUUACUGUCAUUAUUUACUUAUAGCAUUUGGAAACAUAAACAACUGCAAUUUAAAAAAGGGCCUGUUUUUACUGUAACGGAAUAUAUAAUAAAUAUCUUUUCAAAGCCUAA